UCAAAACAUAUAAUGCAAAGAUAAAUUUCUCAACCUGUACUUAUCGUAGAAAUGUUUAAAAUAUUUCUUUCAAAGAUGCACAGAUCAGGAAGAAUAAAUAAGGAUAAAGAGGAUUUGGACAACAUAAUUAACCAGCUUGACCUACUAAAUACAGGUUCCAUCUUCCUUUUGUCAGCAAACAAUUCACUCUCCCUUGGACCUGCUAUCUGCGUCCUGCAGAAACAUCACACUUAAGUUAUGGGAAGCGGCACCUCAACCCAGCACCAUUUUGCUUUCCAGAAUGCGGAGAAAGCCUUUAAGGCAGCGGCCCUGAUCCAGCGGUGGUACCGACGCUACAUGGCCCGCCUGGAGAUGAGGCGGCAGUGCACCUGGAGCAUCUUCCAGUCCAUCGAGUACGCCGGGCAGCAGGACCAGGUCAAGCUCCACAAUUUCUUCAGCUACCUUGUGGAUCACUUCACCCCCAGCAGUCACAACGAGAGGGACUUCCUGACCCGCAUGUUCACUGAGCAGCGAUCCCCCCAGGACUCCGAAAUGGAGAACUGCGGUGACUAUGAGUCCAUUGAGGUACCGGUCAGCUACACAGGGCCACGCCUCUCCUUCCCGCUCCUUCCUGACCACGCAACUGCCCUGGUGGAAGCUUUCAGACGGAAACAGAGGCUCCAUGCUCGCUAUGUCUUGAAUCUUUUACACGAAGCCAGGAAACACCUGGUACAACUGCCAAACAUCAACCGGGUCUCCACUUGUUACAGCGAGGAAAUCACAGUAUGUGGAGAUUUACAUGGCCAGUUGGAUGACUUAAUAUUUAUAUUUUAUAAGAACGGCCUCCCAUCACCAGAGCGGGCCUAUGUGUUCAAUGGCGACUUUGUGGACCGAGGGAAGGAUUCAGUCGAGAUCCUAAUGGUUCUCUUUGCCUUCAUGUUGGUUUACCCAAAAGAGUUCCAUCUUAACCGAGGAAACCAUGAGGACCAUAUGGUGAACUUACGAUAUGGUUUUACCAAGGAAGUGAUGCAUAAAUAUAAGAUCCACGGCAAGAGAAUACUAAAACUACUGCAAGAUGUGUUCUGCUGGCUUCCACUGGCCACUCUGGUUGAUGAGAAAGUCCUGAUUCUUCAUGGUGGAGUGUCAGACAGGACUGACUUGGAGCUCUUGGCUAAACUAGACAGGCACAAGAUUGUCUCCACCAUGAGGUACAAAACGAGAAAGGAGAAUAAGAAACAGGCGGUGGAGAAGGGAAAAGCCAACCAGAUGGGUUCUGCCGAGAGACCCUCCCCGUGGUUUCUGCCCCAAAGCCGCUCUCUGCCCUCCUCGCCCCUCCGCCCCAGCACCCACAAGGCCCCCAGGGCCGGGCGCUCCUCCAGCGUCCCCUGCGGCGUCCCCCUGGACCCCAAGGAGCUCUCCCGCCGGGUGCGGCACUCCGUGGACCUGGAGCUGGAGAGGUGCCGGCAGCAAGCGGGCUUCCCGGCGAUCAAGGAGAGGGAGGAGCCCUCGGCCUCGGAGUCAGAAGUCGACUCAGAAGCCGAGGAGCAGCCGGAACCCACACCGGAGGAGUGGAGGCAGGUGGUGGAUAUACUGUGGAGUGACCCCAUGGCUCAGGAGGGCUGCAGGGCCAACACUGUUCGAGGCGGCGGCUGUUAUUUUGGGCCGAAUGUGACAGAGCGGUUGCUACAGAAGUACAACCUGCAGCUCCUGAUCCGCUCACACGAGUGCAAACCUGAAGGCUAUGAAUUCUGCCAUGGUCGCAAGGUGUUAACCAUCUUUUCUGCCUCCAACUACUAUGAAGUUGGCAGCAACAGAGGAGCCUAUGUCAAACUGGGGCCAGACUUGACCCCACACAUCAUGCAGUUUCAAGCUAACAAGGCAACCCACAUGCUUACCAUGAGGCAAAGGAUUAGCAGAGUGGAGGAGUCAGCUCUGAGAGCCCUACGGGAGAAGUUAUUUGCCCAUUCCUCAGAUAUUCUUGUUGAAUUUAAGAAGUGUGAUAAAGAUGGAACUGGUCUAAUCACCCUGAGCGACUGGGCUGCAGCCGUGGAGUCUGUGCUGCACCUGGGACUGCCCUGGCGGAUGCUGAGGCCACAGCUGGUGAGCAGCUUGACGGAUAACAAGCUGGCCUACAAGUCCUGGCUGGAGAACUUGGCCAAAGAAAAACUGAGCCAACAGAACAUACAGUCAAGUUUGCUGGAAACACUGUAUCGCAACCGAUCCAACCUGGAGACCAUUUUUAGGAUCAUAGACAGUGAUCACUCAGGGUCCAUCUCACUGGACGAGUUCAGGCAUACUUGGAAGCUAUUCAGCUCUCAUAUGAACAUUGACAUCACAGACGACUGCAUCUGUGACCUUGCCCGGAGCAUUGACUUCAACAAGGAUGGCCACAUUGACAUCAAUGAGUUCCUGGAGGCCUUCCGCCUCGUGGAGCAAUCCUGCUCAGGGGGUGAUGUCUCAGAUUGCCCACAAGUCACAGACAGUAGUAACAGUGGCUGCAGCAGCCCAGGUGCACACUAAGGCCAGCUCUGUCCCCGUCGCCCAAGGUGCCUCAGAAGCAAUGCCGAGCUCGUUGCUGGAAUGUCUUCCUUAUUCUCCAUAAAUUCAUGGAACUUUAUGCUGAGAAUUUGCCUACCAAUAUGCAACAGAAUCACCUGUGUAUUCAGGCGAAUUCUACCAAAGAACUUUUACCAAUCUUUCUCAAACUUUUCCAAAAGACUGAAGAGGGAACAGUCCUAAAGAUAAUUCUAUGAAACCACCAUCACCCUGAUACCAAAAUCAGACAGAUACCACCAAAAAACAAAACUUCAGGCCAAUAUCUUUAAUAAGUAUAGAUAUUUGUAUUUAUAAUGCAAAAUUUUUCAACAAAAUAUUAUCAAACUGAAUACAACAACACAUAAAAAUGAUCAUACACCAUGACCAAGUAGGAUUCAUCCCAAGUUCACAAGGAUGGUUCAACAUAAGCAAAAUCAAUGGGAAACACCACAUCAACAAAAGAAAAAACAAAAAUCACAUGAUCAUCUCAAAAGAUGCAGGAAAAGCAUUUCACAAUUCAACAUCCAUUCAUGAUAAAAACUCUUAUCAGAUUGGGUUGGGGGAAUGUAUUUCAACAUAAUAAAAGCUAUUUAUGACAAACCCACAGCCAAUAUAACACUCAACAGUGAAAUGCUGAAAGCCUUCCCACUAAAACCUGGAACAAGACAAGGGUACCCACUCUCACCACUUCUAUUGAACAUCAUAUUGGAAGUUCAAGCAGCAGCAAUCAGACAGUAAAAGAAAUAAAUGGUAUUCAAAUUGGAAGGGGAGAGGUAAAACUGUCAUUAUAUGCAGACAACAUGAUAUUAUAUAGAGAAAACCCUAAAGAUUCCACACAAAUACUAGAACUGAUAAAUGAAUCUGGUGAGGUAGCAGGAUACAAAAUUAACAUACAGAAAUCAGUUGCAUUUUAUACUAACAAUGAAAUAUCAAAAAGGAAAUAUAAAAAGAAGCAAUACCUUUAAGAUUUAUACCAAAAAACCCCAAAAUAUUUAGGAAUAAACCUGACCAAGGCAGUGAAAGAUUUAUAUACUGAGAACUAUAAAAUAUUAAUAGAGAAAAUUAAAGCUGAUUCAAAGAAAUGAAAAGAUAUCUCAUGCUCUUGGACUGGAAGAAUUAAUAGUGUUAAAAUGGCAAUACUGCCCAACACAAUCUACAGAUUUAAUGUGAUCCCUAUCAAAUUACCCAUAACAUUUUUCAUAGGACUAGAACAAAUAAUCCUAAAAAUUUAUAUGGAACCAUAAAAGAUGCAGAAUUGCUAAAGCAAUCCUAAAGAAAAAGAACAAAGCAAAAGGUGUAAUUCUCUCAGACUACAGACAAUACUACAGAGCUACCAUAAUCAAAACAGUGUGGACUUGGCACAAAAACAGACACACAGAUCAAUGGAAGAGAAUAGAGACCAGAAAUAAACCCUCACACCUAUGGUCAAUUAAUCAUCAACAGAGGAGCAAGAAUAUAAAAUGGGAAAAAGACAAUCUUUUCAAUAAGUGGUGCUGGAAAAGUUGGAGAACUGCAUGUAAAUAAAUGAAGUUUGAAUAUGCCCUCACAGUAUGCACAAAAAUAAACUCAAAAUGCCUUGAAGACCUAAACCUAAGAAAUGACACCAUAAAACUCCUUGAAGCAAUCAUAAGCAUUCUCCGACAUGAAUUGUACCAGUGUUUUCUUAGAUCAGUCUCUCAAGGCAACAGAAAUAAAAAUGAAAAUAAACAAAUGAGACCUAAUCAAACUUACAAGCUUUUGUACAGCAAAGGAAACCAUAAGCAAAAUGAAAAGACACCAGAUAAAAUGGGAGGAAAACCUGCAAAUGAUAAGACCCAUAAAGGUUUACUUUCCAAAAUAUACAAACUCAUAAAACUCAACAACAACAAAACAAACCCAAUCAAAAAUGGGCAGAAGACCUAAACAGACAUUUUUCCAAAGAAGACAUACAGAUGGCCAAUAGGCACAUGAAAAAAACGCUCAGCAUUGCUAAUUAUUAGAGAAAUGCAAAUCAAAACUAUAAUAAGGUACCACCUCACACCUGUCAGAAUGACCAUCAUUAAGAAGUCUACAAAUAACAAAUGCUAGAGAGUGUGUAGAGAAAAGGGAACCCUCCUCCACUGUUGGUGGGAAUGUAAGUUGGUGCAGCCACUAUGAAAAACUGUAUGGAAGUUCCUCAGUAAGCUAAGAAUAGAAUUACCAUAUGAUCCAGCAAUCCUAUUCCUGGGCAUAUAUCCAGCCAAAACUAUAAUUCAGAAAGAUACAUGCACCCCUAUGUUCACAGGAGCCCUAUUUGCAAUAGUGAAGACAUGGAAACAAUCUAAAUGCCCACCAACAGAUGAAUAUAUAGAGAAGAUGGAGUGUAUAUACACAGUGGAGUACUACACCCAUAAAUUCCACUCCCAGGGGAAUACUACAGUCAUAGAA